CAGGUUUAGGUCAUACAUUGAACGAUAUUUUGAGUUUAAAUGGCGAUCUUUAUUGUGAAAUCUAAAACAGACUGGUAUUGGCAGAAAUUCAUUGUUGUUGGAAUAUUGUUGUUGGCUUUAAAUGGAGGAAGUGACGGGUAUAGCAUGCAGUACUACUGCGACGAGGAAUUUAGUUUUAUUACAAAGGGUGUACACCAGAUCCAGCUUAAACUUGACGACAACUUUAUACGCCAAAAAGGCUCCUUCUUUUUCGGCAGAGGGGAAGACUGCGAAACCAGAUUUGAAGCUUGGUACACCGUCUAUCCUAAAUUCAUGUUCUAUUUUGAGCAUAUAGACCUCGACUGUGAUGACGGCCAUCUCGAGUUUUUCAUCGGCAAGAGUGGUAAAACAAGAGUGUCAGGAUUGUUGGGUAAUAUUUGUGGAAACAACAAACCACAUGGUGUAUUUACAGUGGACAAAAGGUAUUUCCGAAUAAAAUACGUUCCUAAUAGAAGCCGGUACAUCAGUGACAUAUUUUCUAUCAUAAUUACUGCGUAUGGUGACGGUUAUUGUCCAACCUAUGCGCACAAGUGUGAGAACUCAAGAUGUAUAGAUGAAGAUCUCGCAUGCAAUGGCUUUAACUCGUGCGGCGAUGAUUCCGGUUGUAACAUUAGCACAGCUGCAAUUGUUGGUAUAGUUGUGGGAAGUCUCGCUGGGCUAGGUUUAGUUAUCGGCAUAAUAUUUUGUUGUAUCUAUUGCAUAAGGAAGAGCGGAGCCAAACCAGGGACUGUACAGAGCACAGCCUCACACACAGUGACAUACACUGCCCGCGACCAGACUAGAUAUAGUCAACCAAUAUAUGGAGUCAGUCAAGGAACAGCUUACAACGCCAGCUUGUCCCCUGGCGUUGUUUCCAUGCCAACAAACGUGGCGACUACUGUUUCGAGCCAACAAAGCUACAGCCACCCGAUGUAUGGGGUCAACCAGGGGUUACAAUAUCCCAGAAAUUCCGACAGUCCACCACCUUAUUCGUCCGUGUCAUCAGGUACAGAAAACAGCAAACAACAAACAAGAAGUAUAACUCCUCCUCCACAAUACAGCGAAAUCGUCGAGAACUCCGUGCAAGACAUUAAUCAUUCCUAGCAUAGUGAUUGGUUACUGGGAGAAUGACACUGUACAGACAACAACAAACUGCACCUAUCUAACAAAGUCCAACGCAGUAGGAGUACUAGAUCUGAUUUGUAUUACUACAUCUGUCUUUUUAACCCUGCUGAAUUUCUAUAACGAACUUGUUCAUCUUUCAAAUUGGACAGUACCAUUAACUGUUAAACGGGGUGCCAACCAGAAAUACUGACUGAAUAGCCAACUGUGCAGAUCUUGAUCAGACUGCACGGAAGGGAAGGCUAAUCAUGAUCUACACUGGUCGCAAAGGCAGAAUCAAUCAUGUUAAGCAUAAGAAGGGUUAAUUUCAAAUCAAAUUCGGUUUGUAAGAGUAGAUGUUAAUAUACUCGCUUUGUAAUCGAGCAGAAAUAAAUUUUUAAACUUCGUAAAUAAAACCACUGCAGAUGUACCGGAGGACAAAGUAGUUUGCUGAUCAUUUAAGUGCUGUGAUAUUCAUAAAAGAUUAUUAAUAACAGGCUUUGAGUUUUGAA